AUGUUUAUUUCACUCUUCUCUCUCUUUAUUUGUCCACAAUUACUUACAUUCAUUCUCUUUCUGUUCUUAGCCUUUAUUCAUUUCCAUUUUAUUCCUUACCACAACUUAAUCCCAGUGUCUUUAACUCUUCCUGUAGAAAAUCUUUGUCACAAACACAAGAUAGUUAUCCUUUCUGACUUCCACUUCCAACAAGAUCAAACAACUUUUCAUCCCAAAUUAAUUAAACAAUCAGUUGAUAUAAUAUUUCAGACUAAUCCUGAAUUAGUAAUUUUUCUUGGGGACUAUAUCCAACUUGCUCAUGAAGACAUUAUACUCUUUAUUAAAUCUUUUGAAUUUGUUGCACAUAAAUUUAAAUGUAUUGGAAUUAUCGGAAAUCAUGACAUUAAACUUCGACCACCAGAUGAUAUUAUCAAAGCAUUACAAUCUAUUGGUAUUUCAAUAUUAUUAAACGAGGAAUAUGUAUUUGAUUGUAUUCAUUUCUUUGGGAUUGAUUAUUAUACAAAUAAUUCAACUUUAGUUCUACCACAAAACCAACAGAUUAUUUUAUUGUCUCAUACUCCUUCAGUGUUAAAUGACCCAAUCUUUUCAGAAUCGAAUGAUAUUAAUCAACAAAAUAUUCAAAUCAGUGCAAUAUUUUGUGGACAUACUCAUGGUGGGCAAGUCAUUAUCCCAUUUAUUGGUUGUCCAUUAUUACUUUUCAAGGCAUGGAUGUUGAGAUGGUGGAAAAUUAUGUAUUUGAGAUUAUUGGAUUUACAAAAAUGGAAAGUUAUCCAUGGAUUAUAUCAUUUACAAUACAACCAAACAUCAAUUCCAGUUUAUGUGACAUCUGGAAUAGGAAGUCAUUAUGGACUUAGAGUGAAUUGUCCACCAGAGAUUGUUGUUAUUGAUUUAAUUCCUCAGUGA